AUCAAAAAAGGAGUGGCUCCAAAAGAUGGUGCUCUGCAGCAACUUUCUCUUCUUCUUUCUCCUCGGGAUAGCCUUGCCUGCUACAUUUGGAGAUCCUUCUGGACCAAUAGUGACAACAAAGUUUGGAAAAGUACAAGGCCUCACUGUAGACACAGCAAGGAUAUUCAGAUCAAUACCAUAUGCAGGGCCAGUGAAUGGUUCUAAGAGAUGGACUGACCCAGUGUUUCCUGAUCCUUGGGAUGAUGUGUUUGAUGCUACCAGAGAAGGUCUAGGAUGCCCUCAGAACUGUGAUCUACCAACGCCAAAGGUUUCUUGUCCAACAGUUCAAAUUGAGAACUGUCUCCUUUUGAAUAUCUUCACUCCACUGAAUGCAACAGCAGAUCAGAAUCUACCUGUUAUGUUCUUCAUGCAUGGAGGAGAAUUUGUUCAAGGAUAUGGCGGUAGCAAACUGUAUGACGGGCGCUUUCUUGUCAGUGCUGGCAUAGUAUUAGUCACAAUUAACUACCGCCUUGGUGCCCUAGCUAAUUUAUUGUAUGGGACUGGAGACAAAGAAAUUAAAGGGAAUUUUGACAUAAAGGAUCAAAGAUUAGCCUUGGAGUGGGUUAGGAUGAAUAUUGCUGCAUUUGGUGGCAAUCCAAAUGACGUUACUAUAGCUGGACAGAGUGCUGGAGGAGUUUCUGUGGCUGUUCACAUGGUAGCUCCUAAAAGCUCUGGACUCUUCCAAAAAGCUAUUAUUGAGAGUUAUCCAUUUGCUUCACCACUGAAAUCACCUGAUGAUGCAAGGAAACUUGGAGAAGACUUUGCAACUGCUCUAGGAUGUGGCAAGAGUAAUGAUUAUGACUGCCUUUACUCAAAAACAAUGACUGAAGUUGCUAAAGCUACUUCAGCUGUCAAUUCCAAGAUUGUUGAUAUUACAAAAAUUCUUGAAAUAUUUUUACAAUGGACACCAAUAGUUGAUGGAGAAGAGCUUGCUGAUCAGCCCCUGACAUUGUUUGAGCAAGGUAAAACAGCAGAUGUUCCACUGAUUAUGGGCACUACAAGUCAAGAAGCUGUUCUCUUUGUGUAUCGUUCCUUCAAAACUUUGGGUGCACUAGAAUAUGAUGCACUACUAUUUGCACUCUACCCGCUGCAUUUUGAAGAAAUUCAUAAACUUUAUUCGCCUUCAAAUGAAAGGGAUCAAAGAAAAGUUGCAUCUGUCUUUGGUACUGAUGCUAUUUUCACUUGCUCCUCAUCCUAUGCAGCUAAAGUCUUCUCUGCCUCAAAAGACAGCGUCUCACCAGUUUACAGAUACAUUUUUGAUCACGUCUGGUCGUUUCCAGAUGCCUGGGACCCAGACUCACUCUACCAUGCCUGCAAGAAUGCUUCCUGCCAUGCCUCAGAUCUGCCAUUCAUAUUUCAUACUCCUAGCAUAAAUGGGUUUAAUUUCACCAGCGAUGAAACGGCUCUCACUGACUCGAUUGUAAGAUACUUUACCAACUUUGUCAAGUAUGGUAAUCCCAAUGGAGAAUCUGCCAAUAAUAACGAGACUUUAGAGUGGACAGCGUAUUCUGAAGUAGGGAAGUGGAUGACAAUCAUCUUUAAGACACCAGCUAAUGAGAUGAAAAGUGAAUACAGAGGUCCUUAUUGCUCUGUUCUGGACAACAUCGGAUACAAUCCUUGAUUGAUUCAUUCAUUUGCUUGGCUGCUUAUGACAUUGUUUUUUUAAUAAAUGUUUUAUGUUUUUUUAAUAUCAUUAAAUGUUUUUACAUUAUUGCCGUGUUUAUAUUUCAAA